CCGAUAGUAUGUAGGGUUUAACUUUAUAAGUCGACGCCGACAUUUUUCUCAAUAUCUCUCAUUGUUUCUCAUGAAAUUCAAAUCCAAUCACAUAAUAAUGUUUUUUUUUAUUUUAGGUGCUUUUGAUCAAAACAGAUAGUAACUUUUUAGAUUUUAGAUUUUAGAUUUUUUUGAGCUGUGUGAGUCAGAGAGAGGGAGGAUUUUUGGAUUUAUAUACGACGGCGACGGAGACGAUGAUCAGGUCCAACGGGGCGGCCGCCCCCCAUGAACCGGAAUCCGAUUCAGCGCUGUUCCAUAGGAGUAUUGAUUUCCACCAGGCGAGGAAGCAUUACAAUGGGUUUGGAAACGAAAGUAGCAGUGAUUUUAAGCUGGUGACGCUGAACCCUACAUCUGGACCGCUCAAGCCUUCCGGUUUGGAAAAGAUAACGGAAAAAUCAUCGGAGUUUUCUGAGGCUGCGUUGGAUCCUGAGCUCAGCUUCGAGAUUACGUUCCGCCGAAUUGGUGCAGGUUUGCGUAACCUCGGAAACACUUGUUUCCUUAAUUCAGUACUGCAAUGUCUGACCUAUACUGCACCAUUAGCCGCCUAUCUUCAAAGUGGGAAGCAUCAGAAUUCUUGUCGUACUGUGGGGUUCUGUGCUUUAUGUGCUAUCCAGAAACAUGUUAGUCGAGCACUGCAGUCAAGUGGGAGAAUUCUAGAGCCCAAGGAUCUUGUUUCGAACUUAAGAUGCAUAUCUCGGAGUUUUCGAAAUGCCAGGCAAGAAGAUGCCCAUGAGUACAUGGUGAAUUUGCUUGAAUCAAUGCACAGGUGCUGCUUACCGUCUGGAGUGCCAAGUGAAUCUCCUAGUGCUUAUGAGAAAAGCUUAGUCCACAAGAUAUUUGGUGGUCGAUUGUGUAGUCAGGUGAAAUGCAUGCAGUGCUCCCACUGCUCAAACAAAUUUGAUCCAUUCUUGGAUCUAAGUCUAGAAAUACAUAAAUCAGACUCAUUGUAUAAAGCACUUGCUCAUUUCACCAGCAAAGAACUGUUAGAUGGAGGUGCUAGGGAAUAUCAGUGUGAUCAAUGUGAGGAGAAAGUAAAGGCUUCCAAGCAGCUAACAGUUCACAAGGCACCCCAAGUUCUUGCUGUUCACCUGAAGCGUUUUAGUUCAUAUGCUCCUGGCCAAAAAGUUGAUAAAAGAGUUGCCUUUGAACCUACCUUGGACUUAAAACCUUUCGUCUCUGAUCCCUAUGAUGGGGAUCUAAAAUACACUCUCUAUGGAGUUCUUGUUCAUUAUGGUUGGAGCACUCAUUCUGGCCAUUAUUACUGCUUCGUUCGCACAUCAAGUGGCAUGUGGUAUUCCCUUGACGACAAUCAGGUUUUCCAAGUUAAUGAGAGGAAAGUUCUGGAACAGAAGGCCUAUAUGCUUUUCUAUGUUCGUGAUAGGAAAGACGUUGGUACAAAGAAUCAUGUUAAUACCCUUCAGAAAGAUAAAGAUAACAUGGUGAUGAAUGCUAUUGGAAAUGUAGCAUAUUCAAAAUUGAACAUGGAAUUGAAAGAGAAAAUCCAAAUUGGCUCAAAUGAGAGAGAGUUAAAUGGCUCUUCAGCUUUAUCCGGGAGGAUAGCACCAGCGACAGCUCUACCUAACGGCAAGUUGACAGUGGAGCCUUUGGACCUUGCGAUAAAUGACAAGUGUGCAUCAAUGAAGCCACCAACAAAGUCUCCGCUGAAGGAAGAUUCUCCAAUGGAAUUAAAUUCAAGUGUUAAUGGUUCUGAUGGUGCUUCAAGUGGAGGUUAUGUUGCAACCUGCCACAGCAUCUUGAGUAUUGUAGAAGAGCAUAGUACAAGUUCUAUUGUAUUGUCUGUUGAAAUGCCGUCAGGCUGCAUGGAUAAUGACAAGGUAAAACCUAGCGAAUCAACUCAGCAGGCACCAGACAGUGCUGUACUCAACAGAUUAUCUGGAGAUCAAUGCAAAAUGGAUCCCCCUAUUUCUGAAACGAAUGCUAGCACCAGGAGUUUGCCCAUGGGAGCUAUUGAAGAACCAGAGAAAAACAUUUGCGAUGGGCGGGCACCUGUCUCCUCUUGCAUUGAAGCUUCCUCCAUGAAGGCUGUUGGUCCAAAUACUGAUGUAACUGUUGAAAAUGGGCAACGACUGGAUGUGGAGUCCAAGUUAUCAAACUUACCUGCAGCCACCACUGAUCCUAUCUCCUAUUGCAUUGAAGCUUCCACCAUGAAGGCUGUUGGUCCGAAUACUGAUGUAACUUUUGAAAAUGGGCAAAGACUGGAUGUGCAGUCCAAUUUAUCAAACUUACCCUCAGCCACCACAGAGCCUGUCUCCUAUUGCAUUGAAGCUUCCACCAUGAAGGCUGUUGGUCCAAAUACUGAUGUAACUGUUGCAAAUGGGCAAAGAAUAGAUGUGCAAUCCAAGUUAUCAAACUUACCUUCAGCCACCACGGAGCCUGUCAGACUCAGGAUAACUAAGAAGAAAAGCCAGAAUCUUAAAGUAAAAUGGAAGCUCAUGAAGUAUCAGGCAGUUGCCACAUCACUCAGCUCUAACAUUGUAUUAGGUGUGGGUCUCUGCUUAAAAAUUAAAAAGCACAAGAAACUGAAGAAAACGCAUAGUUCUAUGCUGAAGAAGUCUUCUGGUCUGAAGGUCAUCUUGAUUGAGAAUGCCUUACCACCAAAGGUGGGGCAACCUGCAUCUGUAGAAGCAAUUCCUUCUGCUGUUGACCAAUCUACCUGCUCCCGUAAAAAGGAAGGCAAACGUGUUUCAGAUGAGCAAAACCACAACCCAAGCAUACAAAACACUAUUGGUGAUAAUAGCAUAUUAGGUGCUGCUAUUGAUAAGGAUUUCAGAGAGAGGAUUCUUCUCGAUGGAUCCACAGUUUCUGCUGCAAAGCAGCUUGAUACAAGGCUCUCUACUGCUCAAGGAACUGGGAUAUCUGAAGAGCACCAAAGAGAAUUGAGGCAAAAUGAUAUCAUGAACAUGCUUACCAGGGGCUUAGAUGAGACAACUGUUGGUCGCUGGAAUAAUAAUGGUGCUGCACUAUCUACUAAAUCUAAAACAAGAGCACCUGGGACUGUGCAGAUCGGUUAUAUUGGUGGUGAGUGGGAUGAGGAGUAUGACAGAGGAAAGAGAAAGAAGAUAAGGGCUCCUGUUGUUAGCUUUGAUGGACCAAAUUUGUUCCAAGAAAUUGCAGAAAAAAGAUCGAAAACAAAGAGAUCGAAGCUUGAGAGAUCCAGAGAUGGGAACCAGCCAUUUAGGAUAUGAUGAUAAUUGGGGGUGGGGGGAUGUCUUGACAUUCCAUGGAAGAUAAGCUUACAUUUACUGUGUAGUCCUAAUGUAGUUAUCGUGAAUUUUGGUGUUGAGGUGGUGUCACAAGGCUUCCAAAGACCAGUAUUCUGCAAUUUUUCCUUGGUUUCUAUUCAUAAGUAUGAACUUUCUGGUGAUGAAGUAUUCAUUUCCUGCUUUCAGCUUCAUUUUGAGAAGAGGCUGGAAGAGGGUAGGUAGGUAGGGUAUAUAGGGUGAGAGAGUGAAAUUGCAUAAUCCCUCAAACUGUCCAUCUAUGUACAAAGGUGCAAUUGCAUGAAUUGAUUUACUUCUAAACGUCUGGAUUCUGAUUUUGAUUCACUUGAUUUAGAAAUACUGUUAUGAACUUUAUUCUAA